CCCAACUAAUCACACGUGAUCAAUAACACGCGAAACAGUAGUGGCUGUACACUUGUUACAUCGAUAGCUCUUGGUUCUCCCACUUUCCCUCCUGAGGAAACACGCUGAAGACCUGCAGUACAGUAUGCCUUAGCAUAAAUCACUUACAGUCAGUUCACAAGCGGAUUAUCUAAAACGCAAGGCAUUGCAGUUCAUGCUGGAUACCAGAACUGCUUUCCCUAGAUAGCGUUAUUAAUUUAUCUUGGAAACACUCGGUGACAUUGAGACGGGGGUAUCCAUAGUAACCGACACCUGCAACGGAGGCAAACAAACGGUUUAUCUUAGCCUCAAUGCUGCAAAGCCGAAGCCUCGAAUCCAAAGCAUGUCAAGGGAUAAAAAGCCAUCUGUGUUUUUGCACAGAAGCGGAAAUACUCCAAGCGGAACUAGGAAUGCUGUACCUGCCCAAGGAUUUUAGAGCGAAUCAACUGGCCCACCAACCCGUGCGUCGCAUGCAUUGAAAAUUGCGUAUCCGUGCUCUGUGUUUAGCUGCGGGAGGGGUGGUCGAGCAAUGAUGUCAGUGCAACGAGACCAUCUCAACAUCGCAACUUUGAGAAUGCACUAGCUAACUGUACAACACCACCUGUAUUUUUUACAGUUUGGAUAAACAGUUUUGUUGCUUGCUUCUUCAUCAGCAAAGCUGCGUUGUUGUGGGGUUAUGUAAUGUAAUGUAGUUAGCUUCGUUGUCCCUUUAUCGAACUUCGAUGUUACUUCGGUUAUGACGGUAAACCGGACUGACGAUGAUGAUGGUGUCGACUUGUCAAGUUAGUCAGAUAUUUGCGUAACUUCUAACAUUACCGAAAUGCUACCGGGCUCUAUUCAGAUAACUGGAGAGACACUGUCUGGAGCAGAAAUCAAAGACAUUUGUGACAGUUUAAAGGAAAAUAGCGUGAGACUCUUGUCUGUCCGGGGAUGUCAGCUGUCUGACCGUGAUUUCGGACGAGUGUGCCGCGGCGUCUCGGAGUCGCACUCCUUGGCCCAACUCAACUUAAACCUUGGCGUGGUCUCCAGCAUCGGCCGGACCAAGCAGCUCGCCGAUGCGCUCAAGGCCAACAGAUCUAUCCAGACGCUCUUUCUGCAUGGAACCCCUCUUUUAGAUGCAGGGUUGAUCACUCUGAAUGCAGCGCUGUCAACUCACCCAUCUCUAGUGUCCCUGGAUUUGGGAGAUUGUAUGCUGGGAGAUGAGGCAGUUCGGCUGAUUUGUGGCAUGCUGCCUCCAGAUGGAGCCAAAUCGGGGCUCAGGGAGCUGACACUGAGUGCCAACCCAGCAAUCACCACAAAAGGCUGGGCUCGACUGGCCAUCGCUGUAGCCCACAGCUCCCAGCUCCGAGUCCUCAACCUAGACUACAAUCCCUUAGGGGACCAGAUUGCUGGAAUGUUAGCCGUCGCGGUGGCAUCUAGCCGGACUCUCGAAGUUCUGGACUUGGAGGGAACAGAGCUCACCAAUCAGUCAGCACAGGUCUUCUUGGACAUGGUGGAGAACUACCCUACGUGUCUGCGCGUGCUGGUGCUGGCUGAGAACGCCAUCAGCCCUGAGCUCCAGCAGCAGAUCUCCGACCUGCUCUCCGAGGGAGAAGAAGAUGAGGAGAGAGAGGCUGAGGCCCACGCCGGCGGCUACCGUGAGAAGCCCACCUGGCUUCCCCACAGCAACUCCCAGAUGGUCUUGAUGUCAUCAGGACUGGGUGAGAGCUUUUUGGCAGAGACAGAGAUGUGAUAACUGGAGCUGCCUUUUUAGGUUUGCACUGCACACCCACUGCUGCCAGACCACCUGCUAGCGGGCAACCAUUCAUACUGCAUGACCUGUAGCACUUAGCGGUAGACUGUUCAAAGCUGGCACACACACAAACACACAAAAAAAAAACCCUCAACCACCAAGUGACUUAUAUUCAGCAGUGAAUUAUUUAUUUUCCAGAUGUACAGUCUAUUUAUAAAACAACUGUUUAAGCAACCACAAUAUACUCUUGAUUAGUUCAGCUAAGUAGGGUUGUUGUGAUGGCCUGAUGUCUAAAUAAAUCUAUUUACAUGUUUCUAAGUGUUUUGUUGUGUACCAAAAGGUGUCUAGUGAACAUUUUAUGUACCUGAAGAUGCACUAGUAAAUAUCCAUUUGAGAGGAA